AUGUCCAACCAGGAACAGCACGGCCCCGCCGUCAUCGAGGCCGAUUCAUUCAGUGACAACGACUCCACCUACACCGGCUCGCUGGGCGAAGCCAGUUAUACCACCAGUAUCACCUCCAGUGCUUUCAACUACCAAAUGGUCGCCGAUAUCACUCAUACCAUGAGGGAGAAUACGUUCUGGUAUGUACUCGCCCCCCUUCCCUCCCUUCCAAUUUGUCUAAUACCUCCCAGCCCAACGAUGAACAAGAACAAGAUCGCAUGGACCUGUGAGCACCCCGAGUCCGAGGUGAUUGGAAAUGAUCUCAGCCCCAUUCAGCCAGCCUGGAUCCCCCCCAACUGUCGCUUCGAGGUGGACGACUUUGAACAACCCUGGUCCUACAGCCAGCCCUUUGACUACAUCCAUGGCCGCGAACUCGAAGGCUCCAUCCGUGAUCACGACCGUCUCUUCCGCCAAGCGUUGGAGAAUCUGAAGCCUGGCGGUUGGUUCGAAAUUGCCUCCAUAGAGGUCAACAGCUACUCGGACGACGACACCCAUCUCAAAGCCCAGGGUAUGCUUGACGGCGUCAAGGGCCUGCACGAGGCCUCGAAGAAGUUCGGCAAGGCUAUGGAUACCGUGCACACUUGGGCGGAUCGCAUUGAGAAGGCCGGGUUUGUCAAUGUGCACGAGGACAUUUACAAGCUUCCCCAGAGCCCGUGGCCCAAGAACCCCAAACUCAAGGAACUUGGCAAAUACCACCAGGUCAACAUGUUCGAAGCCGUCGGGCCCUACACCUAUGCGCUCUUCAGUCGCGUGCUCGGGUGGCAGCGUGAGGAGAUCGAGGUCCUGACCGCCGCCAUGCGCAAUGACUUGCGCGAUCUCUCCAAGCAUUUGUACACCAAGGUCCACAUCAUCAUCGCACAGAAGCCGGAGUAA